UGACAACGGGUCCACGACUUGCGGGAGGUUAUCGAUUGAACAUUGGAGUAUCGCAAGGAGAUUUUGAUAUCGCAUGAGCUGUGUGCAGUAGUAGAUCGUUUUCUCGACCUUUUUGCUCCCAAAAAAUGGCGUCCCGUCUUGCCGCCAUCAGUAUAGCUUUGGCUUCAUAUUGUCACGCUCUGGACAGCCUGCCAACGGACGACAUUACGGAUACUCCCAGCAAAUAUGUCAGAUUUCCCGUGAUUCAUUCGACAAAUACGGACGUAUUUUCCGAUGUUUGGACAAAGCGAGAGUUAUGGUCGAAACGAGGCAUUCAAACUUUGCCUCUAGCCAACCGAUCUGAUGUGGCAUACUAUGCAAAAUUGGAGAUUGGUAGCCCACCUCAGUCGAACUAUGUUCAGCUGGACACAGGAUCCUUUGAGCUUUGGGUGAACCCGGACUGCACCAACCUGGAUUCGUCUUCGGAUAAGCGUUUUUGCCAGGCCGUUGGGUCAUAUGAUCCGUCCACCUCAGGUUCAUCUGUGGUAAGCACUUCUACCAAGAACCUUAGAUAUGGUAUUGGUAGUGCACAGAUCCAGUAUGUCACUGAUGACAUUGGCUUUGAGGGGUCAGACAUCCAACUCAAGAAUGUGCAGUUUGGAGCGGCUACCUCGACUGUAGAUGAGUUCUCUGGUAUCUUGGGGAUUGGGCACGGUGAGAAUGUGACUAUCCUCUAUAAGAACUUUGUGGACGAAUUGCAGGCACAGGGUGUCACAGACACGAAGGCAUUUAGUCUGGCGCUUGGCAGCAAGAGUGAGCAGGAGGGUGUAAUUAUUUUUGGUGGUAUCGACACUGGAAAAUUCGCUGGACCUUUAGUCUCACAACCGAUUAUCCCAGCAGAACAAGCACCGGAUGGCGUCCCUCGAUACUGGAUUGACAUGGACUACUUGAGUAUAACGCCACCGAGUGGCAAGGAGCAGAAGUACGCCAACUCAACGAUGGCCGUCUUCCUCGAUAGUGGAGCGACACUCACACUGCUCCCUCAGGUAUUGGCAGACACCAUUGCCGCAGACUUUGGUGCUACUGGCACCGACUCCAACGGGUUUUAUCUUGUGGACUGCUCGUUGAACAAUCUUGGCGGUACUGUCAACUUCGCGUUUCCGGGCGUCACCAUCCAUGUUCCUUACAAGGAGAUCAUUCGUGAGCUGGCAACGUCUUUUGGAACCUUGUGUUACCUGGGCAUCACGCCCAACGAGGAUUUUGUGCUCCUGGGUGACAGCAUGCUGCGCUCCGCGUACGCUGUCUUUGACCAGACGGGCAACGCGAUCCAUCUCGCGCAGUACGUCAAUUGCGGCACCAACGAGAAGGAGAUUUCGACCUCAUUGAACAUCAGCUCACUUACGGGCGAUUGUGAUGCGCCUGACUUUCGUACUGAGGCUUCUGCAUCCACUACUGCUUCCACUGGACUGGCCACCACCACCGCGACCGCCACCAGCUCUGGUAAUUCUGCCGCGAGCAGUACCGGGGCCUCGAACGCAGCUGGGCCAGCGUACGGCAACGUCUUCAGCUGGGUUGCCGUGUGGGUUGGAGCCAUGGCCACUGUUGGCUUCAUCGAGACUAUCUAAGGAUGAUUGGAGUGGGCGGGCAUGGACUUUGCAUCAACACUGGCGUUACCAUUGGAUAUCCCUCACAUUGUAUUUCAUAAAGCAUUGUUGGCACAGGGCACUCAAAAUUAUCGAGGCUCACUGUAGCACCGGGGACUGCUUAGAUCAGAAAAACAUUGGAUUAUUGCUAAAAAUUGUAUUUCAGACUCGCAGCCACCUUGUCAUGGGGGUUGCACGUCGAUAUCAACAAAACUGUUCAUAUCAGGAGUUGAAUUCUC